GGGAGAGGGAGCAUGAGGAAGCGGCUCAGGUGUCCAGAAGCUGCAGUGCUAGGAUGAAUGUAUGUGGGACUGAGCAGGACCUGACUCGAAGCUCAUAUGGCAUGGUGGGCGACACGGAGGACAUGCAGGCGAUGGCCGUGCGAAGCCUGUCGGCAUCAGAUGUUCACAAACACUAUGAUUUCAUUCGAGAACUGGGAAAGGGAACGUACGGCAAGGUAGAACUCGUCAUUCACAAAAUCGCAGGAACCAAAAUGGCUUUAAAGUUUUUGAAUAAAAAUAAAACAAAGCUGAAGAAUUUCUUGAGAGAGUAUAGUGUCACUAACAACCUCUCCUCCAACCCCUUCAUCAUCAAGGUCUUUGACGUUGUCUUUGAGACUGAAGACUGCUAUGUGUUUGGUCAGGAGUAUGCUCCAGGAGGAGAUUUGUUCGACAUCAUCCCUCCCCAGGUGGGUCUGCCUGAGGACAAUGUGAAGCGCUGUGUGCAGCAAUUGGGUUUAGCUAUUGACUACAUGCACAGUAAAAGCCUGGUUCACAGGGAUAUAAAGCCAGAGAACGUCCUCCUGUUCGACAAGGAGUGCAGACGGGUGAAGCUGUCUGAUUUUGGGAUGACGCGCAAGGUUGGCUGCAGGGUGAAACGCAUCAGUGGGACCAUCCCAUACACUGCUCCGGAAAUAUGCCAGGCUAACAGGACUGAGGGUUUUCUAGUUGACUACAGCAUUGAUGUCUGGGCUUUUGGUGUUCUGAUCUUCUGCAUGCUGACUGGGAAUUUUCCCUGGGAGGCUGCCAUGCCAUCCGACACAUUCUAUGAGGAGUUUGUGCGGUGGCAGAGGGGUCAGUUGAAUGGGUUUCCCUCGCAGUGGAAAAGGUUCACAGACGGAGCCCUCCGGAUGUUUCAGAGGCUGCUGGCUGUCAAUCCAGAGAAAAGAUGUUCUGUCAAGGAGGUGUUUUAUUUUCUGAAAUGUGACUUGAUGGUAGAAUUAAGGCGGAGGCCUUCUUAUCGAUGUAGAACCCAUUCCUCCGAUAAAUCAGCCACGUCGGCGCAUAAACAGGAGGGAUUGGCCCCCAGCAUGCCCACUCCACUGAGAAGAAGCCUCCUAUCGGAAGCAGCAGGUUCUAGAUUCACAUCCGUGUCAACAGAGUCAAGUUCACAUCCAUCAGGGAGCCGAAUAGAGGGAAGACAGGACAAGGGCAAAGGCCGAGUGAUUGUUGCUACGGCAAUUGAAAUCUGUGUUUAA